AUGGUGGAUGCGCAAGCUGCUCGUAGCAGAUUUUUGCAAGCCUCUGGCCAUGCGUUAUGCCUUUCUAGCCCGUCUACUUCACGCCAUCUCAUGACCGAGAGCUCACAACUUACACACUGGGCUGAAGCCAGCCCUGACAGCUGCACUGCGUGUGGAAGUCUGUUUCUGCCCGGCUGGACAAUGUCCUUUGGCCUGGCUUCAACCAAUCAGAAAUCAGAAAGCAAGGCCAAAAGCCCGGAGAAACAGGCCCAGGAAAAAACGCGCCGUCUGAAAUGCGGUGUCUGUCACAGAGUCACCAAAGCGACCAUGUCCUACCCGAUCAAAACAAGACGCCAGAAUAUCAUUCAAAGUGGAAAGAGUCCAAAGGCUCAACUAGUCGCAGGCCCAGAACCCGGGCUGGUCAAUGGAAAGUCAAGCAAACCUCUGAGUAGUAAGCAAAGGGCCAAAGCGCGCAGAGACCGCGAUGGCCUGCAGAGUUCUCUGAAUCGCAACGCGCAGAACAGGAUGGCUCCCGCCCUCAAUCUAAUGGAUUUGAUGAAGAAAUGA